AUGGAGUUCAACCCAAGAAUCGCUAGGAAGCGCGAGAUCCGAACCCGAGCUCCGACGGCCUGUCAGACCUGUCGGCUACGCAAGACUCGAUGUGACAAUACCAGGCCGACCUGUAGCUACUGCGCCGUGCAGGGGGUAGAGUGCAACUAUCCCGAAACGUCGCCACAGCAGAACCAACUUGGGUUUGAUUCUGUGAACCCGUCGAACAACGAGGUUCUUCAACGGCUGAAUCAUAUCGCUGGUUUGCUAGAGGAUAUCAAGUCAUCCGAAGGCUCUACCUCGUCGACUCGUUCACUCAAAGAAGGAUUUUUUGAGUUAGCCGUGCAGAACACUAGCCCUGUGGCUGAUUCAUUACCGGGGACUAAUCCGACUAGCAGCAGCACUGCUAGUGUCGAUGACCGGGGAACCGAACACGAUCCCCGGAUCCUUUACCUGGCUAGUUCCGGGGAAAACAUGCUCCGCUGGCCUAUUUUCAACAAGGUUAUCACGGAAGCCGAAAAGCAUAUCCGAUCCUUCCUACUUGACUCGCUGGAUAAUCUACCCCGUAAUAUGCAGGCACUUCGGCAGGUGGGGAUUGGAAGCUUUGUCGAUGAGAUCCCUAGGCUUUGCAGGAAGUACUUCCUGCUAUGUCACCGAAGGAAUCCGAUAGUCGACCUAGAGAAUUUAGACCGCUAUGCCAAGGAGGUCACCGUCCAGGGUCUUGGAUGGGAUGGUCCCUCAUGUCAAGUGCUUCUAGCGUGCGCCUUAGCUUCGUGCACAUCAUCUAAGUUUGUUCCUAUGGCGGAGGACAUGCCAGCGAAUCUGGAUGGUCUUCAAGCGCCACCCUUGUCAGACGCCAAUCUCGAUUUGGCUGAGACAUAUUUCCACGCUGCAAAACAGAGAUUCGGCUUCUUGCACACGUCUGCAACAGACAUUCAGUGCUUUCUUCUUGCUGGCAGCUACCACAGACAUGCCAUACGACCUCUACAGGCUUGGUUCUGUUACCAGCAAGCAUCUUGCAGAUUAGAAGUUCGUUUGCGGUCGCUGUGUAGAGAACGGUGGACCGCUGAUGACGACUAUCAUAACCUCGAGUCAAGACUAUACUGGUCCUGUAUCCAGGCAGAACAUGAGAUGCAGAGCGAGCUCCCUCUCUGGGGCAGUGGUCUUGAAAGCCUGGGCUAUUCAGAUCCAUUCCCCAAAUUUCCUCAGAGAUCUUCUUCCUCGUAUGACCGUAUGGAUGAAGAACAAGAUUUCGCAGUCAAGCCAGGCUUUGAACUGGAUGGCACCGAAGAAGAGAGAGGCUGGAAAUUCUACAUCGGAUCUAUAUCUGGGAUCCACUCCGCAAAAGACAAUCCAGACCUGAGGUUCUUCUUCCGCGGCCGAUACCACAUGGCACUGGAGAGGAUCUACCGACCAGCAUUCUACCUCGCGAUGCACUACCAGGGGAUGCCAACUUUCAUCAAAAACAACCACCAAAUAUGGGUAGAAGUAUUCAACCUGACCCAAAAGGCCAUUGACAACUGCGCCUUACUGAUCCCAAGCUUCUGGUAUCAAUUUCGACACGAGUGGAUCUGGAACGUGAUCCGCGCCAGCUUCGCCUGUUCUGUGUACCUCCUCGGGGCUGUGUUAUAUCAACUCGAUGCGUCUCGGGAUUCUAAUACCUGGCAGGUGCGUUUACCGUCGAAUUGGACUGCUUUGGUGAGGUUGUCGAUUCGUACGCUGAGGCAUUGGGCGGCGGAGUCUACUGAUCUAGAGCUGAUGGGGUCAAUUCUUGAGAGGAUGUAUCAGGGUACAUGUCGAUUGGCUAAUGUGCGCCCUGAUAUUCAUCUGAUUUGA